CAUUCGCUAGUUGGAAGUUUUAGCACCUAGUCGUGGCUCUUUCGCUCUUUCUUCCGUCGGACCCCGUUAUUGAUACCUUCGACUAUUCACUGACGACAGCCGAAGACGCGUGGUCUACAACGCCGUGUUACGUUACGUACCCUGCAGAAGUUCAACUAUUUUACACACAUAACUCGCGGUUUGGGUUGCUUCGUCGCGCGUCUGGGGAAAGUUUGCGUGCGAAAAGGAAAUUAGGUCACAGACAUAGUAAUAAAGGUUUCCAGACAAACAUUGUAGCGUGCUAUCGUUAACACAACCUUGAACUUGGGCACAGCAGUCUAGCUUAGCGACACUAAUUCACGAUGAAGAUCGACGGGAAGGUAAGCACCAGCCAGAUGGAGCAGAACUGGACCCGGUACAUGGUGAUGACCGACACCAAGUCACUUCGGAAGCCAAUUGAGUUUCAAGAGGAAAACGAAGUGCAGGUCAGCGUACCAACGAACAAAGCGCUCCAGAAAAACUUCACCACCGUAACUCCGGUCGAGAAAGGUCUCCAAUCUACGCCGCUCAUAUUGAACACGCCGGUCUGGACGGUGCACAAUAGUCUGGUGCACACGGGAAUAACCCACUACGAGGGUGGCUGGCCAAAGGAUAUCGACACCCACGAUGAAGAAGUUACGGCCAGAUACAGGCGCAAACAGGAAAAAAGCGAAGCAUACCUGCACCAGAUGAAGGGGCUGACCAAGACAAUGGAGCAUGCCAUUCUUCAGAACAGUGCGUGCGAUAUUUACCAAAACUACUUCGAGGACAUCGAACAACACGAGUUGAUCGAACAGUUCAGCUCAAAGACAGUUCACGUGUAUAAGGACAAUUUAGAUGUGAAACGAUCAUGUUGUUACAUUUGUUGGUCGGAGGAAGGGAUGCAUUUCGCUUCAAUACACUGCAAUAUCGGAGAAAUGAAUAACACCGUAACGGAUUCGUAUAUUUGGGAUAUUGAAAACCCAAAUGUACCACUGCAAACCCUCGUACCACCGUAUCAAGCACGCUGCUUAGAAUAUAACUUCAAAGAUGGUUGCCAACUGGCUGGAGGUUUAUUCUCGGGUCAAAUAGCGAUAUGGGACAUAAGGGUGGCCAACGAACCGGUGGAAAUUACCUUGCGUGAAGCGAGUCACAAAGAUGUGGUCACAAAAGUGCUCUGGACGGGGACGAAGACAUCCAACGAGUUCCUAUCCGGAUCAACCGACGGUAGGAUCCUUUGGUGGGACAUGAGAAAUUUGAACGAACCGUACGACUUCCUGAAUCUGGUCCCUAAGGAUACCCAAAAUAAUGACCCUAAGCGUUGCUUCGGUGUUUGUGCGGUGGAAUUUGAACAAACGAUGCCAAAUAAGUACACGGUCGGGACGGAGAAUGGAUUGAUCUACAGCUGCAGUCGAAAGUACAAGACACCGGCCGACAAGAUCCAAGCGUUGACUACGGCACACACAGGACCGGUUUACUCGGUGGAACGAAAUCCGUUGUUUAUCAAAAAUUAUAUCAGCGUUGGCGAUUGGCAGACGAAAAUAUGGACAGAGGAUUGCCGCGAUAAUCCAAUAGUCUGGACCAAGGAGUACGCAGUCCAGUUGACAUGUGGCGUAUGGAGUCCGACACGUUGUUCAUUGGUGUUCAUCUGCCGUAUGGAUGGAGUAAUGGAUGCUUGGGAUGUCAUUCAUCGGUUGGAUGGACCGGUUCUUCGGAUAAAGCUCUCGGAUGUACCACUCCUGGCGUUGCGCGUCCACAAGAGCGGAAAACUGAUCGCGAAUGGUACCGAAAGUGGAGCAAUUUACCUGACCGAAAUAUCCGACAACCUUACCUUCAGUUCGGCAAACGACAAACCAGCGCUGUCCGGAAUGCUCGAACGGGAAAUGCGACGCCAGCGUUUGCUGGAGGCUAAAAUCAAGGAAAUCAAGCUCAAAGAGAAGGAACUCGAACGGGAGCGGAUCCGCCGACAGAUGCGUAUGGAGAAAGAGAACUCGAUUGAGGAUGAGGAACAGGAUCUUAUACUGGAAGCGCAGCAUCAGUUCUGGACAAAGAUCCACGGCCGCAGAAGUUUGAAGAACACGUUGAAGGGCAUUCGAAUACGAGACGCUGGAGUGAAUUUACUAAAACCGAACAAGAAACCAAUAUUUAAGAAAGAAGACAAGGAAAAUAAGUAAAAAGCUUCGUUUGUUGUUAAUUGAUUUGAAAUUUGAAUGUUUUUGGAUAUACGUUUUA